AAGAAGAAGAAGAAGAAGAAGAAGAAAAAGAAGUUGGUACCGUUAAGUCAGACCUCGCCGAUCUUUUUGCUUUUCUCACUUUUCAACGAAAAAGAAAGAGAAAGGGACAAAAAGUCUGAUCGACAAAAAUUAAAAGUGCGCCAUCGUUAUCAAUCGUGUAUAUACGUAUACGUAAAUACAUCUAUGUGUAUGUAUAUGCAUCAAUUUAUCUUCCAUUGAUAUAUAUAUUAUUAUUCGAUAUUUCAUUUUAUUAAUAAAAUACGAUAAAUUUUGAUAACGAGAGAAGAGUAUCAGAGAGGAAGUUCGCACGUACGUUGAUAUAAAUCUAUUAGAAACAUGCGUACCGUCAGCGAGGUUAUGAAAAAUCGUGCGAUCAGCUGACUAACCGAACUAUUUGGUGUUACGAGCUACGCCAAAAGGAACGACGGACGUUUACGAUCGUCCUCCAUUCGGAAGAAUUCUUCUCAAGAAGAACGACGGAGGAGUUUAUCGAGUUGUUCCGUCAUGACGUUCGGGACGCCGUUCCACAACGAGAAAUCUCGUUUUGCCAUCGAUGCUACCAAUAGACCGAGCGCAAUGGCGACCGAGGAGGGAAUGCUGAGUGGUGGCUUCGGUUCGAAAUUGAAGUGCCCAACCCCGAUUUCACGUUUGAGAGUGGAGAAGAUCGAGGGUGGUCUAAUGGUUGCCGGGGUUGUAAUAGCAGCGAACUGCCAGAUUGCUCUUCCGGCAUUUGGAUUUCUUUUCAUGCUCGUUGGCGCUGUUCUCACUGCCGCUUCGUAUCGUGGCCCAGGAGAAGACGAGGAUAAAGACUCGUAUGCAGCUCGUAUAGCAUUCACCGGAAAUUCGCGUAUCCUCGGUCCGAUAUGUAUCGUCGUUGGUGCACUUAUGCUUGCCCUAGGUAUACUACUUUGCAUGCUUACGAGACGUGCGAGAAGGAGGGAACGUAGAGUGGGCUUCCACUGUCCCUUACAUGGGGAUUUCUACCCUGUCAGUCCGGUUCAAAGUGUCAAGAUGCUUGGUGUCUCAGGAAAAAGUGCCAGCGGAUGGCCGAGGAUACCCUGUUUGAAAAGUCGUACGAUGAGUAAGGCCGGUGCAAAUGGUUCACACGUUGGUCCACCCCAAUGUCCUCAUUCUGUAUUAAGCAGCACAAGAAGUUCAGUGAGCAGUUCACCUUUGAGUCCUUGCCCUACACCGAUGCCAUUCCUCGUCACUUCCGGUUCCGUCAGCAGUGGCAUGGUGCAAAGUGUUGGGGCCAAUUUAUCACCGGACCAAACAUUCGGAUCAAUUCGAUCACUUUCGGUGACAAGAGAAGUCGCAAGUUUUCCGUUAUCACGGACACCCACGCCACCCCCUCAACAUAGGCCGUCGUUGCUGCAAUCGAACAACGAUGAUCUCGUCGUUGGCGUUGGUAGUCCAUUGAGAGAGGCCUCACCUAGACCGGAAGUGCGUGUUGUGGCACCAGCCCAUCGACCUCCAUCCGGUCUCGUUGCACUUCAACCAAUGACAACAAAUAACCUCGUGUCGCCUAACAUGACGAAUUUAACGACAACAACGACAACGAUGACGACGACGAUGAUGAUGACGACGUCGACGACAUUGACGUCGCCAGUUACUACAAUGACCGCUUCUAAGACGUCUACGUUAUCGUCGUCGUCGUCGUCGUCGUCAUCGUCGUCGGCUACAAGUACGAUUACGAGUGCGAAGAUGAGGACGACGACGACAGGAAUGACAGCGACGACGAAUCGUAAGUCGGUGAGCAUAUUACUUCCGGAACACACAAGUGGAUGACCCCAACAACAUGGCUUCGUGCACCGCUGCGAUGACGAUCCCCUUCCAAUAUAAGACAUUAAUAGGGGUAGAUUUAAAGAAAAAAAAAAAAGGAGGAGGAGGACAAUGAGGAAAAGGAUAAGAAGGGAGAGAGUCACGAAGAGAAGAGAGAAUAA